CCGGCGAGCGGCAGCAGCAGUGCAUGGAGGGUGCCGGCGGCGACGCCCACCGCUGCGCCGUCACCUGGGACGAGGUGCUCUGCUGGCCCGAGACGCCGCGGGGCAGCCUCGCCUCCAUCCCGUGUUUCAAGGAGUUCAACGGCAUCAUCUACCACGGCAAAACCAACGCCAGCCGUUACUGUCACGAAAACGGGACCUGGGAAGAGCGGGCCAACUACUCCGACUGUAUCAAGGCGUACAACCAGAAGGUCUUCAACGAGGCGGACAGUUACCAGCAGUCUGAGUUCACAUCGCUGAUCUACCUGGCCGGCUACUCGUUGAGUCUCAUCACGCUCUCGAUAGCCACCUGGAUAUUUUCCUACUGCAAGGACCUACGGUGUCUGCGGAACACGAUCCACGCCAACCUGUUCAUUACCUAUAUUCUGACUGAUUCGCUCUGGAUCAUUUCAUUAUCUCUCGAGCUGUUCCUGACGCAGUACGCGUUCGUGUCCUGCGUCAUUGUCGUUCUGCUGCAUUAUUGUCACGUGACGACUUUCUUCUGGAUGUUUGUCGAAGGCCACUACCUGUACAUGUUGGUGGUUCGGACGUUCUCCGCGGACAAGAUCCGAUGUCGUCUGUACAUGCUAGUUGGUUGGGGGGUGCCGCUGCUGGUGAUGGGCACGUGGGCGCUGGUGAAGUCUCAGACAGCCGGCCCGGCCGGCACCAGGGCUCAGUCUGAGGUUCAGAGUGGCUCAUCAGUUCAGCGCCUGCAACUGGAGCCGCUGGGUUAUGAAGACAGCGGAGGUCAAGAGCCGAUGCUUUCUCGGUGCCUCUGGCUGGCUGUUAGUUACUGGGACUGGCUAUUUAUGGUGCCGACGAUCCUGGUCCUGAGCUUCAACUUCAUCUUCCUCAUCCGUAUUAUGUGGGUAUUGAUCACCAAGCUACGCUCCACCAACUCGGCGGAGACGCAGCAGUACAAGAAGGCGACCAAGGCGCUGCUGGUGCUGCUGCCACUUCUCGGCCUCACAUACAUUCUGGUUUUCGUCUCGCCCGGCGGCGGGGUGGUGGCGGACGUGUUCGCCUAUCUGCAGCCCAUACUUAUCAGCACGCAGGGCCUGACGGUGGCUCUGAUAUAUUGCUUCUUCAAUUCCGAGGUGAGGGCAUCAAUCAAGACCCACUACCGGCGUUGGAAGAUGGAGAAGUCGUUUGGCAGGUCACCAGAAGACAGCCUGAGGCCGUUUCACGUGAACAGAAGGCGCAGCUCGGCCACCGAGAUGACCUUCAUGACCGCAGACCCGAACGGUCACGCGAGCGUCGCCUCCGGCCGGACGCACCGGCUCAGUGCGGCUAGCCAGGGACAGCCCGACACCGUCUGAUCCGCCAAGAGAUGCACGGAACCGGCGGUGAUGCGCACUGAAUCGGCGGUGAUGCGCACUGAACUGUCGGUGAGACGCACUGAACCGGUGGUGAACUUCAAUGAACUGUCGGUGAGACGCACUGAACCGGUGGUGAACUUCAAUGAACAGAUGGUGAGACGCACUGAACCGGCGGUGAGCUGCACUGAGCCGAUGGUGAGACGCCCUGAACCGGCGGUGAGAUGCAGUGAACCGGUGGUGAGAUCCACUAAAUCGGUAGUGAGAUGCAUUGAACCGGCGGUGAGAAGAUUUGAACCGGCGGUGAGAUGCACUGAACCGCCCUUUGAAUGCACUGCACCGGCGGUGGGACGCUCUCAACCGGCGGUAAGAUGCACUGAACCAGCGUUUAGAUGCACUGAACCGUCGGUGAGACGUUCUGGACCGGUGGUAAGCUGCACUGAACCGGUGGUGACGUGCACUGAACCGGCGGUGAGACGUACUGAGUGAACGGUGUGAUGUGCUAAACUGGUGGUUAGCAGCGCUACACUUGUUGGAUAUUAGGGACCAGUGUUGGAGACUACAGAUUGGAGCAAUUGGAUAUAUACGAUCGCAUGGUGCGGGUACACAAACGCGCACGUCGGCAGCGUUACCCGAACUGGCCAGCAAAUGAUAUGCAUUUGACCUGGCGGGCAGACAGACCUGUCAGAACUAGUCACGUGACAGCGUCUGAACCAAUGCCAUGUCGAUGUCGAUCAUGCCCUCCGGCGGCGACAGCCGAGGCCGGUAAUCGUACCGUGACGCAUCAGUGACGGCGACGCGUCAGUGACGAUCAAUAGCAUCGCAUGCGAACUUCUGUUGAAGAGAACUCUGGGGUCAGCCUGAGAAGCCUGCCGCCGUGUGACGACUCUCUCUCGCCUGACCUGCGGGUCGCGGCUGGCCGUCCGGCCGUGUUAGGAGGGUCGCAGGUGCGUCCCCUGAAGUGGAGCGUCCGCCACGCCGGCGGCAGCGUCGGGGACAGUGCGGAAGGGCCGGCGCGUCGGUCGCGGCUCCGGCCCUCCGGCGGUCGUCAGCAGCCCACCUCACCGGCGACGCUCGAGAGGCGUCACUGGGCGGAACGGCGACGCCCGGGACGUCAAGUGGACAUCGCUCGAGCCAAGCGGGCCGCGCAGCUCCCUCGAGCGCUCUCGCUGAGGUCCGUCCUCUCGCCGGCGCCGAGGAGCGGACUCGAUCGGCUGGCCGGGCUGCAGACGCACGGUCGUUGCGCUUGAGUGGAGCGCUCGUCGACGCAAUUGUCUGCCGGUUGACAUACUGCGCACUGUGAUUGCUCCCCGGCGGCGGAUACCGCGGUGGAAGGUCUCGCGCGCGCUUCGUAUUCCGUGCUGGUCUGGCCGUGAAGCCCGCUCGUGCCCUCAAACCCGGCUCUGUGCUAUUUGUGUGUCCGAUUUGGAUGUGGGCAUCCAGCGCGGAACUCCGCGCAUGUCACGUCUCUGCUACUGUGUCUCGCAGCCGAGCACUUUUGUCGUCUUCUGAUAUGCGCAGGUAGCCAAGAUGUCCGCGCCAAGAUGUCCGCGCGUUACGGCCAGCAUUGUUUCGCCGGGAUGAUCCCUUUCAAUCACGCCGAUGCGGUUGCUGGUCUGUGUCGCGUUUCGGUUGCGUUCGUCCUCCCACCGGUCAAGCCGUGGUGAGUCUGUCCUCAUCUCAGGCUGUCCUGUUUGCUCGUCACUGAGUGCUUGCGACCAAACUCCCGGCUUCCGAUCUCGUCCUUAGUGGCAGCCGGUGUGCAGUGUUAGCCGUGUGUACACACUCAGUGUUCUGUUGUUGCUGUAUGGCGUGGCCAGCCCGUCGCUGGGGUGCGCGUCCUCGCGACCGCCCGUAGCCCUGACCGAGGCUCACUUUCUCGUUGCGUUGAACAGCUCUGCGUCAAAACAACAAAUGCAAAGCCCUAUCGUCACAUUCAAACAUGCACUGUCUCAAAACAGGCUGAAACGUGCCAAACGCUGAAUAUCUCACGAGAAUGUCUGUUGGCGAAGACGGUCUACAGAACAGUCUGCGCUAAAGCACUGCAAAGCAGCGCACCGUCAUCUCAUUUCCCCACAGGUGGAACAGCAGCGUCGGCGUUGAAGCCACCACGUUGUCAGUCGAUUCAACACUCGCGGUCCAGUCCUCCACCAUGAACGCGGCCAGUAUGAUUGUCACGGUAGAGUACGCCGCGAGGCAUUUGGUUAACGAAUGACCACACUCUUGCCACGUUGAUUAAGCACCAUUAUGGUCAAUGCUGUUGUCAUUAUUUGUUGUGCGUUACUCGCAAAUGCGACAUUCGUUCCAAACAUGUGUUGGAAACACCGUACGUUCCGGGGUUGCUGAAACAGAACGCCACCGAUGUACUCGAUGCGUGGUUCAUACCAUUGUGUUUUAUGUUUUCUGCGUCGUAUCCGAAAACGUUUUUAAAGGCUUGUUGCUGUGUUUUGCUAGGUCCAGGAUUUGGAAGAAGCAACAAACCUUGGACCUAGUAUCACACUUGACGUUCUCGCAUUUUAUUACUUUCCAGGGUCGCAGAGGUGAAUAUAUGGUGUCUUGUA